AUGGCUGUUGACUGCAAAGAUCAUGGGACGAUUGGAUGUGCAUAUUAUGUGGCCAAAGAAGAGCGGCUGUUCUGCAUGCAGGACGUUCCAAAGGGAAGUCGGGAGAUCGUCGACAGGCUGAAGCUCGACAUCCAGCCGACUCUGCUUCUCCUCUCGACUCGCAUCGACUCCAAGCUGGACCUUACUGCCAUCCCUGCAGACGAUGACACACGCACCACCCAUACCGCUGGCCAUGAGACUGAGCUUCGCCCAAACCCCGACUUCAGCUACGAAGAUGCACAGAUGAAGCUGGCCAACCUCAAUCUGGGCCACACAGAACAGAGCAUUCGCUUUCUGGUACCAGGCGAGAACGAGAAUGUCAACGAGCAUACAAGAGCAGACGAGAUCGGUCUCACUGAUCGACCAGGUAACCUCAUGCAGAUUUCUGCUUCUCUCGAUCUCGACAGUCAGGUCAGCAUCGGCUGUAUGGGUGCUGCGAUCGGAUGCCUCCAGCGGAAAAGAGCUUCGGAAUACUUGCCCAACGAUGCCGAUGCCUCGAACGUGUACAAGAUUGCGAGUGUUGACUUGUUUGCCUUCCACAAUACCAUGUUCGUCAAUGCAGACACGUUGUCCGCCCUGCAGAUCAUCAUGCCCGAGACGCAUCCGAACGUCUUCAAUCAAGGCCCAGGCACCACCGGAUCCAAGGAGUCGCUCUCAGUCUACGGCCUGUUCCACAGCUAUGCUCGUACACCUCAAGGCAAAGCACGCCUGCGACAGCUCUUCCUACGCCCUUCCCUGGACAAGGAGGAGAUCAACGGGCGUCUCGACUUCGUCUCAAUCCUCACUCGACCGGACAAUCACACCGCCCUCGAUCGACUGAGCAAGAGCCUAAGCAAAAUCAAGAAUCUGCGCUCAACAAUGGCUAUGCUUCGACGCGGCAUCGAGGCAGGCACCAAGUACAGCAGCUUCAAGAGCGGCGUCUGGUCCACACUGCUCGAGUUCUGCUACUACGCUAUCGAUAUUGUCGAUGCUCUGCAUGAGGUCGCCGGGGCCGAGCGACUGCUCAUCUGCAGUCAAGUCACCGAGACCCUCGACAAGUUCCGCCUCAAGCAGGUCGGUCGUCACAUCUACGAAGUCGUCGACCUCGAGCUGUCACAGGAGCAGCAUCGUACUGUCGUCAAGCGAGGAGUCGACGAAAACCUUGAUCAGAUAAAGGAUGUCUACGACGGCAUGGACGAGUUGCUGUCGCAGGUGGCGGUCGAUAUCGCGCGAGGCAUGCCGCAGGACCUGGACUGCCGCAUCAACGUUAUCUUCUUUCCCCAGCUAGGCUUCCACAUCACAGUACCUCUUAACGAGCUCACCAUGCAGCCGGUGUGGGACGGCGACGGCUUGUGGGAGCGAAUGUUCACUACCCAAAACACCGCAUACUUCAAGGAAGAUAAGACACGCCUGAUGGACCAGGAGAUUGGUGAUCUGUGGGCCAACAUCUGCGACAUCGAGAUUGAGCUUGUCUACGAUCUGGCUCAGCGCGUACUCGAGGAUCAGCAGCUGAUGCUUGCAUCGUCAGACGUCCUCGGCGAGCUGGACUGUCUCCUCGCGCUCGCUCACGGAGCCGUCGCUCACCAGCUUGUCCGGCCGCGAAUCGUGGAUGACAAUGUCAUCUCGGUCACGGGUGGCAGACACAUUCUGCAAGAAAUGGUUGUUCCCAGCUACGUGCCCAACAAUGCUUCUCUCCGCGGCGGGGACUGCGACAACGACGAAUAUCGCACGCUACCAACCAUGACAGUCCUGACUGGGCCCAACUACUCCGGCAAGUCCAUCUACCAGAACUCGGUCGCCAUCAUCGCGUACAUGGCCCAAGUCGGCAGUUUUGUACCUGCGGAGCGUGCCACAUUGGGCAUCACAGACAAGAUCCUAACCCGCAUCUCCACUACCGAGACGGUCAGCAAGACGCAUUCGGCAUUCAUGAUCGAUCUACAACAGGCCGGUCUGGGGCUCAACUCUUGCACCAACCGCAGUCUGAUCAUCAUCGACGAGUUCGGCAAAGGCACCGACACGGCAGACGGUGCUGGUCUCAUGGCUGGCGUGCUGCAGUAUCUCCUCGAGCUGGAUCUUGCUGCGCCAAAAGUGCUCGCUGCAACGCACUUCCACGAGGUGUUCGAGCUGGGAUUGUUCGGAGACGAUGAGCCGAACCUGAAGCAUGCGCACAUGGAAGUCCGGGUUGACAAGCGCGACGACACAACAACUCUUACCUCGUACUUGACCACCAGCAAUGGUAAGCAACCUGCCCAGUCCACCCGCAGCACGACUAGCAACAAUAACUUCGAGCCGGCCGAACGCGUCACCUACCUCUAUCAGCUCGACCCAGGCCGCUCAACGCUCAGCUACGGCGCGCAGUGUGCGGCCAUGAAUGGCAUUCCGGGCCCAGUCAUCGAGCGAGCCGUGGAGCUGGGCCAAUGUCUUGCUCGAGGGCAGGACUUGGUCAGUAUGUGCUCGCGCCUAUCACGGCAGGAGACAGAGGACCUGAAGGUGGCAGAGCGGACGGCGAGGCGGUUCCUGGCGGAGGACUUUGAGGUUGACUUCGUCGAUGAGGAGGGUGUGAACGAUGUGCUGGAUGCGAUAUUGGGAGAAAUCGAUGGGAAGCUCGGUGGAAACGUUGGCCAAGAGGACAGGAGGAGUGUUGAUGAACUGGACAGUGACGCUGUUACAGUAACUGAGUACAGCACGACGAAUUAG